CUCCUCAGUAAGUACGAGGGUCUCUCUCGGCCAUCUUCCGAAGGGUCAUGAGAGACCAGGCUUCUCUGAAACGUGUCAGCAAGAUGCGUCCCAUCAAGAUUCGAUCCUCCUGUUCUUGAUCCAUCGAUACCGCCUGUCCUCUCUUGAGCCAUCUACAGACAAAGUGAACAAUGUUCAAUACAAUUGUCAUGGUACCAGAAAUCCGUGCAGAGUUGAAAUUGCAUCCAGAUGUGCACUCGCUGGAUGAUGAGUGGUCAGGAAUUACAGACCCUGUAAUUCGUCGGAAGCUGCAGAAUAGAUUGAAUCAGCGAGCCGCAAGACGACGCAAGGCUGCUCAGAGUGCGGCUGGCAGUGGGAGCCUCGAGUCCUCUGAAACCUCCAGCAGUGUUAGAGCUUCGAGGCUAAAGGACAAACCCUUGCAUGCGCGGAUUGAUCUCAAUGACACCGUUGUCUUGAGAUCGAAACUCCUUACCGGAAGCCAAUGGCAUAUCGCUGCCGAGUCAUUCGACCCUUCAAAGGGGUCAGCGUUCGUCUCCAUUCGCAGCAAGCACUCGUGUCAACGAUGGUAUGAGGUGCUGCUUGAAAACCGGCUGUACGCGAUCAAAGAUCUGGCUGCUCGGCUCGAGAAGGAGCGAGACGACGCCUGGCAUACCCCAUUAUCGAGCGACCACCUCAUCUCAUUGGUGUAUUACAAUGUGUAUCGAGGUCUCCUCGCCAAUGUGGAGAUGCUGGGGUUGGACAUCAAUCUCAUGUACACGGAUGAGUAUCCGUCACCAUUCUUGCCUCUUUCUCCAAGUGCCUCCUCGAACAUACGGCAUCUGCCGCCUGGGCUUCAGCCGACAGACUUGCAGAAGAUGAUUUCCCACCAUCCACAGUGGGAUAUCUUCCCAGAUCCAGUGGUGAGAGACAAUAUUCUCCGCUAUGGUGAAGAGAACAUCAAUGAUUAUGAGUUCUGUCUCGAUUUGGUGGGUAACGGCCAGUAUGACGGUCUCGGAGAGUGCUUCACACAAGAAAAGAAUGGCCUGAUCAUCUGGGGCGAGCCGUGGGAUAUCGACGGGUGGGAGGUCACCGAGGCUUUUGCAAGGAAAUAUCCAUUCUUCAUCAGAGGGGCACAUUGUCUUCAAGAGUGCAGCAACAGAUGGAGGAUCAAGAGAGGUGAAGAACCGUUGGACUUUGAGAGGAUCUGUGAGAUUGAGUGACGGACGAGAGGAGUGGCGAGUCUCAAUACCUGACUUCACCUGAACACAUUCCUUGGGAUACGGCGGGUGGAUUUCUCAUAGACAGCUCAGACAGUAAUAUCUGAUCAUAUCCAACGGAGCGGAACUGAUGCUGCAUACUGUCUUAGGCAAAACAGGUACUGACAGGGCAUGACUCGGCAAUCUAUCGAUGGAGAACCUGCAACAGAUUAGUGACUCGAAAUCCGAUCUGCGACGACUACCCUCCAUGAUUGCCUGUUGCUUACUGCGAAAUAUUCGAAUCUCUGCGUCGCGUAGAGGACGAGAACGAAAAGGCCAGACUAAUC